AUGUUCCAACGCAUCAAGGGCGCCAUCGACCGGAGCAUUGCCGAGGAGCAAGCUCGCCAGAAAGCUUUCGCCGGUCAGAAGGAUGGCGGCCCCUCGUCAUCAACCCGGCGAUCUGGCUCUAUAUCGAGGUCGUCAAGCACGAGGGGCGCCGAGUCACCAGCAAGGCGGCCACGGAUGUCGAAGCCGAUCCAGGACACCAAUGGGGAUGGCACCGCGAACACUGACCCCGCCGUCUUCGAGGCCGCCUUUGUGAUUGAUGACACGGAAGAGGGCACGCCCGCGCCCACGCCAUCGGCCACGCCGCAACCCGAAGAAGCAAGCAAAUCAGUGGAGCAGCCGAAGAACGAUGCGACGCCAGCGAAGCAGACACCCGAGCACACCACGCCGUCCAACAAUGCGCAGCAAAACGGUGAGAAAAGCAACGGGGCGAAAGAGCCUCUUCAGGAGAGCAAACCAUUGCCAGAAGCACCGCCUGAGCUUCCGCCAGACGUACGCACCAAGCUGAGGAAGCUCGAGAAGCUCGAGAAGACAUAUCCAGAACUUUUACGCUCCUACCGAAUUGCCCAUGGGCGCGCGACGUCGAUCGAACCGUUCGAACGGGUGCUGAGGGAGCAUACACCACUCGCCUCAAUCAAAGACCCCAAUGCCCUUGUCGAAUACCUCAACCAGCUCAAUCUCAAAUCCGACAUGGUCAUGGACGAGCUCAAACGCAUGUCUGCUGAGAAGGAUACCUACAAGAAGAAGGCCGAGGAUGCGGACAAGGAGCUAGCAGCUUUGAAGGAGGAGGUCGCCACACUAAAGACUGGAAAGCCCGAGGAGACUGGCACAGAAGAGAGGAAAUCCACCGAAGCAGCUGCGGCGGACAAAAAGGAUACCACUGAAGGAGAACAAGCCGACCCGACUUCGGCGGCAAAGAGUCCAGUUGCCCAGGUUCUGGGCCUUUUCUCCCCCAAGCAAAAGCCGCAAGAGGCCACAACGGCCGGCACCGAGGAUUCAGACGUACAAGAGUCCGGCGAGGAUCUGUUCUCGUACGACAAUGAAGUGCCGCAGUUACGGGCCGAGGUGGAGGCCAAGUCGGAGGCGGUCGAGAAACUCCAAUCCGAAGUAAACACCUUGAAGGAGGAGCUGUCAUCCGCCAGAGAGAACAGUGCUGGCCUUGUUGAAAGCCUGGAGAAUGUCAGCCGCGAGCUUAGCGAAACCCGUGACGCCGCCGCAGUGAAGGCCUCGGUCGAGGCCCAGCUCGAGGCGAGAAACGCCGAGAUAACCUCGCUGGGCGAACGCCUAGACAAGGCAAAGGCACAACUGCAGGACCUGGAGACGCAGCUCGAGAAGGAAAGAGAGCAAUCCAGCCGGCUCGCUAAGGAACACGAAGCCAAGCUGGCCGCGUCCAAUUCGCGAGGUACGGAGCUUGAGACCGAGGUCAAGAAAGCUGCUGAGGCGAAGGCGAUGUUGGACAAGAGGAUUGGCAACCUCACCUCCGAGAUUGAGUCGCUCAAGACGGACCAAGCGGAAAGCGAAUCGAAGAUCGAGGAGCUCAAUAAGAAGAUACAAUCUGCCACUGCUGUGUCUUCGACAUCAGCGCCGGAGACUCCCACGUCUCCUACAACGCAAACCCCUGCACCACAGUCGGGCGCUGCCAAGAAGAAGAACAAGAAGAAGAACAAGAAGGCCGCCGGUGCUGCCGCCGGGGCAGCAGCCGCCGAACCCGCUGCCAGCGAAGGGGCUGACCAAGCACCCCCACUGUCAGCGGGUGACUCUGGAGUUCAAGAGCUGCAAGCAGAGAUCAACCGGCUGAAGGACGAGGUCUCAAAGAAGGACGAGCAGAUCGAACGCCUAGAGAAGCGACGGAAGUCUGAGGAAGAGCUCCGCGAGGAGAUAGAAGGGCUGCAGGAGAAUCUUCUCACCAUCGGCCAGGACCACGUUGAGGCCAAGGAGAAAAUCAAGAAUCUCGAGAGCGAGAGGACCGUCCUGAAGGAGCGUAUUGUGCAGUUGGAAAAGGAGCUCGAAUCAUCGGCAUCGUCGGCAAAGGACAGCUCUAAGCUGCGAAGCGAGUACGAAUCGAUGAAGCAGGAGCUCGACGACCUGAAAUUAAAAUCCUCGACGCUGCAGUCCGACCUGGGCGCAGCCCAGCAGCUGGCACAGAGCCGAUAUAAGGACCUCGCCGACCUGCGGGACGUCCUCCAGAAGGCACAGCCCGAGCUCAAGAGCCUGCGCCAGGAAUCCGCCGCGCUCAAGACGACAAAAGAGGAGCUGGCAGCCAAGAACACCGAGGUCCGCACGCUGGAGAAGCGCGAGAAGGAGCUCAAGGCUGACCUCAGCCGGGCCCAGCGGCUAGCCUCGGAACGCGAGGCCGAGAUGAAGACGCUGCGCGAGAAGAUCACGACCGAGACGAACUCCCGGCUCCGCCUGGAGGACGAGAAGCGGGUCGCGGCUCGGGACAUGCGGCGCGCCGAGGCCGAGAGGAUCGAGCUGUCGGCGAGGGAGGAGAAGGCGGCCCGGGAGCUGCAGCGCGUGCAGGAGGAGCUCGCCAAGCUGCGGCCGCGGAUCGGCGAGCUGGAGGACGAGGCGGCGGCGCUGAAGAGGGAGCAGUCUGCGCUCCGGGAGCAGUCGGCGCUCAAGGCGACCCAGUACGCCAACGCGCAGAACCUGCUCGGCAGCAUGCGCGACCAGACGGCGGAGCUGGGGAUCCAGCUGCGCGAGAGCCAGGCGCAGGCCGAGAGCCUGGACGAGGAGCUGGCCGAGGCGCGGCGCAUGCUCGGGGAGCGGACGCGCGAGGCCGAGACGAUGCGGCGCCUGCUGGCCGAUGUGGACGAGCGGGCUGAGGGCCGGGUGCGGGAGGCGCGCGCGCUCGCCGACGCGGCGGCCGAGGAGCGCGACAGGCUCGAGGACGAGGCGAGCGCGCUCGGGCGGCGGCGGGCGCGCGAGGCCGAGGAGCUGCGGGGCCGGGUGCGCGACCUCGAGAGGGAGGCGCGCAGGCUCGAGGCCGAGAGGGACGAGCUGCGCGGGGCGGAGCAGGAGUGGCGGCGGCGCGGCGAGGAGCUCGCGGCCGUCGAGGGCCGCGCCGAGGCUGACAUGGCCGAGAUGCGCACGGCCGCCUCGGACCUGCGCUCCGCCCUCGACGCGUCCGAGCAGGCCGCCCGCGACGCAGAGACCCAGCGGGCGGAGCUGCGGCGCGCCAUCGACGAGUACCGCGUGCGCUACGACAAGCUCGCCAAGGAGCACAAGGCCCUGCAGGCGAGGCUGGGGUCGUCAUUGUCGGCAGCCAGCGGGCGCAGCUCGGUCGACUCGGCGAGGUCCGGUCCCGGCAGCGGCAACGGGUCGCCUGCCCCCGGAGCCCAAGGAAGCGCCGACGUCAUGUACCUCAAGACUAUACUGCUGCAGUUCCUCGAGCAGAAGGACAACAAGAUGCGCGCCCAGCUGGUGCCUGUGCUUGGGAAGCUGUUGAGGUUCGACAAAGCGGAUGAGCAAAAAUGGCUCGCGGCCGUGCAGCACAUUGGCGGCCGGUAA